GCCGCGCAGCCCCGGCCGCCAGGCCCUAGCCGCCGGCGCCGUGACCCACGGACCUCGGAGACAUGGAGGUCCUGACGGCAGACACUGCAGCCCAGCAGGAGAGGCUCCAGGCCAUUGCGGAGCGGCGGAAGAGGCAGGCAGAGAUUGAAAAUAAGAGGCGACAGCUGGAGGACGACAGGCGGCAGCUGCAGCACCUGAAGUCCAAGGCACUGCGGGAACGCUGGCUGCUAGAGGGGACACCAUCGUCAGCCUCAGAGGGGGACGAGGACAUGCGGAGGCAGAUGCAGGAGGAUGAGCAGAGGGCCCGGCUCCUGGAGGAGUCCAUCUCCAGGCUGGAGAAGGAGAUUGAUGCCCUGGAGAAUGGAGAGGUGAAGGAGAACGCGGCCACCCCCAGCCCAGCCCGGGGCCUGGCCUCCACCCCAUCCCCCAGCGCCACCCGGGAGGAGCCCAAGGCCGAGAUGGUGCUGAAUUCACAGCCGACCGCGGUGGGCACGCCCAAAGCAGAACAGAGAGUCUCCAAUACCCCAGUGCGCACGGUCGACGGCUCCGGCAUGAUGAAGGCAGCCAUGUAUUCGGUCGAGAUCACGGUGGAGAAGGACAAGGUGACCGGGGAGACCAGGGUGCUGUCCAGCACCACGCUGCUCCCCCGGGAGCCACACCCACAGGGCAUCAAGGUCUACGAGGACGAGACCAAAGUGGUCCAUGCUGUGGAUGGCACCAUUGAGAAUGGGAUUCACCCACUCAGCUCCUCCGAGGUGGACGAACUCAUCCACAAAGCUGAUGAGGUCACCCUGAGCGAGGCGGGGUCCACAGCUGGGGCAGCAGCAGAGACCCGGGGGUCAGCAGCAGCGGUAGAGGACACCGUCCGGACAACACCGCUGCGGCGGGAGAUCACCGGGGUCCAGGCCCAGCCUGGUGAGGCCACCUCGGGCCCGGCUGGCGUCCAGCCCGGCCGGGAGCCCCCAGUCACCAUGAUCUUCAUGGGCUACCAGAAUGUGGAGGAUGAGGCUGAGACCAAGAAGGUGCUGGGGCUGCAAGACACCAUCACAGCCGAGCUGGUGGUCAUCGAGGACGCGGCCGAGCCCAAGGAGGCCGCGCCACCCAACGGCAGUGCCCCGGAGGCGCCCAGCGCCCCAGGCUCCAAGGAAGAGGACCAGGCCGGGCCCGAGGCCACCACCAGCGACCCCCAGGACCUCGAUCUGAAAAAGCAACGCUGUAAAUGCUGCUCAAUCAUGUGAGCCGGCCCGGCCCCCCAGACCCUGGCCCCUGCCCUGCGUGACACAGACCCAGCAGCCCGGCCCCUCCCAGCGCCCGCCGCCCACCGCCUUGUGGCCCGAGCCAUGCGCGUCCGCACCUGGCCCCUGAAUUUUCUUCCCACUGAAGAGGGUCAGGCUCCUGCCCGUCACCACACACCCCACACACCCCACCUCUGAGCCGUGCACUUUGCACCCAGUGGGAGGGAGACAGGCCGUCCGCUUUUUUGGAAUGAGGGCCCCUGCACCCCAAAACUUGUGGCAGCUUCACAGAUGCGGCCACCAUGGUCUGGCUGGAGUGGCCCAUGGCCUCCCUGCCAUCCCAGGCCAAGCCUGUGCCUUUCUGCCACCUUCGAUGGACUCUCUCCAAGGGGACCUGGAGUCCAAGGGUGCCUGGCGAAGGCGCUGGCCUCAAGGGCUUGGGCGCUGGGGAUGAGGCCAUGCUUCUUUAGGGGACGAGGUUGAGCCACUCCGGACAACCCCAGUGGCUGUGUCCCCCAUUAGGGGCUGAGCAGGUGCAUGGAGCUGGGGAAGCCCUAGAGCCGUGUCCCCACACAGAAGGUAUCAGUAGCCCCAGGCUAUCCCCUAGCCAGGGCCAUGGGCUGGGGUCUUAAGCUGCUUGUCCCAAGCUCUUGUCCUCACUGGGCCCCUCUUCCUCCUGGUGCUAAUUUGGGGACCUCAGGGGCCACCUCUGGCCUCUCCUCCAGCCUGGGCCCCAGAUCCUCCCAGAAAUCGGGCCCUACCAGCCAGCUCUGCCAAGCUGGGAUUAUUUCUGGGCAGGGAGGUCCCCUGGGUUGGUGCGUGAGACCCCCAUUUGCCACCUGGAGUGACAUUGCGGGCCCCUCUCGCUGGAGGUGGCCUGGAGGGCCCAGCCUGGGGACAGCCAUGUGGUCCCCAGCUGCACAUUCUGCACAGGCCACAAUCCCUCAUCUCAAGGGUUGGCUUUGGGCUCUGGAGCCUGUUGGCCUGGUCCCUAAGGGCCCGGGGCUAAGGCCAGCUUGUGGCCAGGUCACCACCUCCAGCCACCACGGGGCAGGCUCAGUGGCCACCCCAGGACCAGAGCUGGGCCACUGUUGAGGGUCUGCUCCUCCGGUGGCUGGAAGGAGGGGCCCUAUCUGGGGGUGACCCGGGCAGUGGCUGUGGGACCCCACCACUUCCUCCCUCGAGUCUGCCCGAGUCCCCAAGCUGUGAGCCCUUGCUGAAGUGCCCUUGCUGCCCCUCUGCUUUCAAUGUGUGACGAGGCCCUGAUGUUCUUGAUUUUCCCAGAGAAGCAAAUAAAAGUGUGAAGAGCC